AUGGCGGUGGUGGGAAUGGGGAUGGCGAUGGCGGCGGCGGCGGCGGCUGAGCGCUCUUCGGGAGAGGCGGGCGGCGGCAACAACAGCGGCGGCAGCCGGGGCCGUGCGCCCUCGCCGGUUGAGGUAGAAGCCGUGGCGGCGGACUGGAUGCUGGAGUUCGCCUGCCACAGCCUCUGCCGGCACUUCCGAGAGGGGUGCGCGGCGGAGCUCUGGCGGUGGGGGGACGUGGCGCAGGCUCUUAUUAAUGGCCAAUCCAAAACACCAACACAUCAGAAAAAAACAGUGUAUAUCUGUCAGCUUCUGAUAAGAAUUGCAAAAGGAAAAAAUCUUGAAUGCCAUUUUGAAAAUGAUCAAAGAAUUUCACCUUUGGAAUCUGCUCUGUCAUUCUGGACUUUACUUGAAAAGGAAGAAAUUAAACUGGAAAAACUUCAUGAAGAUAUUCAUCGCUUGAUUCAAAUUCAGAUUGUAGCAGUCUAUAUGGAAAAUGGAUAUUUCAAGGAGGCUGCUGAAGUUCUUGAAAGGCUAUUUACAGACUCGGAGUCAGAUAAGCCUUUAAGGAUGAAGCUGGCAACAGUAAUCAAAAGCAAGGAUCCAUAUGUUCCUCUUCUACAAAGCUUCAAUUACAAUCUUUUGAUAUGUAAAAUCAAGACUUACAUUGAACUUUUCAUGAAAGAAAAUGAAAAUAACUUCUUAAUACAGGCAGCCAUGAAAGAGGUAGAGUCUAAAGGAAUGGGAGCAAAAGCAUUGGAAAACAAAACUCUGAAUGUCAAUGAAAAUGACAGAAGUAAUUUGGAAACAAAACAAAGGCCACAUUCUGAAUGGAAUCAAAGAGCGAGAAAUGUUCUUCAGAGUCUUAAGAACUUGCAAAAUGUGGAGAAACCAGCUGAUGCUUGGGCUUGUGGCCGAAAAAGACAGCGAUGGACUUAUAAAGAAGAUUUGCAACUGAAAUCAGGAGUAAGGGAGUUUGGAGUGGGUAACUGGGCUAAAAUUUUGCUCCAUGGUGACUUCAACAACCGAACCAGUGUCAUGUUAAAAGACCGGUGGAGAACACUGUGCAGGAUUGAACAAGACUAAUUUGGACUACAGGAAUCAACUCUUCUUGACAGGUCCCUACAUAAGGACAUAGUCUGGCUUUUCCAGAAUAAUAACUUAUUUAUCUCAGUAUCCAGCAGUGUGUCCGUCCUAAAACAUGAAACAGAAUAGUAAUGGGUGUAAAAUGUUCAUGUAAGCUCACUUGCUUGGGUACUGAUGACUGAAAUGUAAAGCCUGGCUUUUUAUCCACACACAAUAGAUGACCUAAUUUCUGAAAUGUGAAAACACUUGGAAGUGGUUUAAGAAAUAUCAUUAUGUACAUAGUAUAUGAGUAAUAAAUGACUGGCAACAUGCUUAGCUUGAUAGAAGUUAAUACAGAAACCAAGUGUUGUGUAUUUUUAAUGGUUGUAUCACUAGUCAGACUAAGUUUAUCAUUUUACUUCCUCCUAUAUUAUCUAUUCUAAUUGAUUUCUAAUUGAUUUGCUUUACUUUGAAAUUUUGGU